AGAAAAAUGAAAACUUGAAAAAAAACAAAAAUUUAUUAAAUCUGCGUUAUAAUCGAGCAUAUAAAAUUCUACGAGAAUGCGCAAAUACUUAUUCCCUGGAUGCACGAUAUUAUAUGAAAAGACUUAUGGUUUACGAGGAAAAUCCAAAAGAAGGCCUGCAAUACGAAUUACGAAAAUCUAUAGAAAAAAAGAUAAUUGAAACUAUGUCUGAUGAUUUUACUCUAUAUAAAAUCGUUCGUGGAAUGACAGGAUUCAUUUUUGGAGGCGAAGAGAAACCUUUCGCAGAGUAUUGUUGUGCUAUUUGUUACACGUAUUUGGCUUUAGACGAUUCAGUGAUUUCUGGACUAAAAUUGUCCACAUCAGCAGAAAUUAAUCUUGAUCGAGUUAUUAAUUAUUUAUCAACCACAAAUUUACCAAAAGCACAAGAUGCAUUUCAUAAUUGCAUUGCUAAUUUAAACAUAAAACGUCUUGAAAAAAUGAAUUAUGAAGAAAUCAAUAAAAUUUUAUAUAAAUUAAGAGAUGAUAUAAUUUCUCGUAAAAUUGAACCAAACGAAAUGAGUCAAAAAUUAGUUGAAUUUUUAAAAUUAGAUAAAUCUAUUAUUACCAAAAAGUUUAAUGAGUGUUGUACAAUUUUCCACUCAAGAUUGUUUGCAGUAGAAAAACCCCAGAUAAGUGACAAUUUGGAAACAUUCAAAAAACUAUUAAAGGUGCGUUUUUAUGGAGCAUACAAAAUGCUGCAAGAUUGCAUAGAUAUGUAUUCUCUUGUGGAACUUGAUAAGAGCAAUAUUAAUCCUUACGAGACUUCCACAAGUAAUAGCAAGCAAUACAACUCACAAAAAAGUACAAUCAAUAUUAUGAUGAAUAUUAAUUCUGUUGAUUAUACUGUUGAUAGAGUUAUACAACAAUUAAAAUUCUCAUAUUUUGGAGAUAUAGAAANCAACAAUUAA